AUGCUCAACCUUGGUCUUCUGAAGACGUUCCGCUGGAUUUUCAUAAUCGCUGAUUUUCCAACUCCCAUUCUCGGCGCUGAUUUCCUGCAACACUUCGAGCUGCUGUACAACAUUAAACACCAUAAGCUCCUCAUUGAUGCCAUCACCAGCCUCACGGUCAAUGGGACUGUCUCCUUGACACCCUCAGUAUGCCCAAUGUUCGUUGAAACUGAGAGUGCCUCGCAUUUCAACGACAUCCUGCGGCAGUACCCAGACAUCAUGGAUCCAGUUUUCCAUGGUGCCACUGUCAAACACACAACAACACACCAUAUCGACACCUGUGGCCCACCAGAGUCAGUGGGACCAUGUCGGUUGGCCCCAGACUGUUAUAGUACAGCAGAGGCUGAGUUUGAACAUAUGGCUGAACUGGGUAUAAUCAGCCCCUCUGACAGCAAUUGGGCCUCCCCCUUGUUUAUAGUCCCCAAGAAGAUGCCAGGCGACUGGAGACCUUGCAGCUAUUGUCGGGUGCUUAACUAA